GCCCCACCGGUGGUGUCACCUUUCCCUAUGGUUGCCGUUGAUGUUCAUCAUCCUCCUGUUGAACUACACUUAACUGGUGCUGGCAAUACAGCUCGUUCCUGGCGUUCUACCUCACCAAACCGUGAGUCCGGCACACGUAACUACAGGCGAACUAACUUUAUCCGUCUAGCUGAACUGCUUCAAUCUACUGACUGGUCUUUCCUGGAAGGUAAUCCGGAUGUUAACUCAGCAUUGGAACUAUUUAACACAACACUACUGGCGCUUAUAUCUGAUUGCUGUCCUCUAAUGCCACCGCAUCGCAGUCCACCAUGGUCUGAUGCACGUUUACGCCGUCUAAAGCAAAACAAAGCGUCAUGCUUUCGCUUUUACAGUACAAAUGGUACACAACACUCCAAAUUAAGGUUCAUUGCUGCCCAUAAUGUAUAUAGAAGCUAUAACAGACAACUUCAUACUCGUUAUCUCAUUCGAGUGAAAUUCUCGCUCAUCAGACACCCAACACGAUUCUGGAGGUAUGUUGAAUCAAAACGCGGUAACAGCUCGCUCCCCGAUGUUCUCACAUAUAACAACGUCUCCACAAGCAGUAAGGAAGGCAUGUGCAACUUAUUUGCUGAUCGUUUCAAGGACUGCUUUACUACGGAUGAUGCAAGCUUAUCAUUAGAAGCAGCUUUAAAUAAUGUGCCCCGUGAUGUUGUUGACAUUGACGUACGCGAUAUUAUUAUCUCGGUAGAUACUGUACUACGUGCUCUGCAGCAAGUCAAAACCUCAUACAACCAUGAACCCGAUGGUAUUCCUACGGCAAUCCUUGCCAAAUGCCGCGAAUUUUUAGCAGAGCCUCUGUCUCAAAUCUACCAACUCUCUUUUGCACAAAGUACUGUACCCACAGCCUGGAAAUCCUCUGUGAUGUUUCCGGUGUACAAAAAAGGGGAUAAAAACUCUGCUGAGAACUACCGCGGUAUAACCACCUUGCCUUCUUGUGCCAAGGUGUUUGAGAUCGUCAUACAAAACUCGCUAAUGUAUCACUGUCGUUCUUAUAUUUCUACACGCCAGCAUGGUUUCUUUCCUCGACGCAGUGCUACCACAAACUUGGUGGAAUUCGUCUCCAACUGCCAUGCAGCCUUUACUUCCGGAGCUCAGAUGGAUGCAGUAUACACUGAUCUUAAGGCUGCGUUUGAUCGUGUGAACCAUCGCUUGCUGUUGGCUAAGCUCGCCCGGAUCGGUCUCUCUACUCCGCUGGUGAAUUGGUUCAGGUCCUAUAUCUCUGAACGUAGCUACUACGUACAAAUCGAUGGUGUCUCCUCUAACGUUUUCGAGAGUUCAUCUGGCGUCCCUCAGGGCAGCAACUUGGGACCACUGCUGUUCUCGCUUUUUAUUAACGACGUCACACUGGCCAUUACGGAAGCAGAUUGUCUGCUUUAUGCGGAUGAUGUUAGGCUGUUUCGUAUCGUACGGAACACUUCCGACUCUCUUUCUCUGCAAAGAUCGAUUGAUGUUUUCUCUGACUGGUGUAUCAACAACGACCUGCUAAUUUCUGUUGAUAAGUGUACGUCAAUGUCUUUCUUUAGAAUAGCUAGUCCGAUAAGGUAUAUCUAUAGCAUAUCAGGGACACAACUACCGCGGUGCAAUACGGUCGGGGAUUUAGGAGUCACCCUGGAUCGCAAACUAGAUUUCCGACAACAUUACUGUGAUAUUUUAGACAAAGCUAACAAAAUGCUAGGAUUUAUUCGUCGACAUUCGAGAGAACUCAAUGACCCACACUGCCUGUUAACUCUGUAUAAGUCCUAUGUUCGUUCCAUCCUCGAGUUUAGUUCUACAGUUUGGUGUCCGUUCUCUAGUGUUUGGUCCAAUAGAAUAGAAGCUGUCCAAAAGAGAGUUACUCGUAUUGUCCUACACUUCACUCCGUGGCGUAAUGUAACCCCUCGUCCAUCGUAUCAUACUCGUUGUUUGCUGUUUGGUCUGGACACACUUGCUAGGAGACGUGAUAAUGCCCAAUGUACGUUUUUGUCCAAACUUAUUGUCGGUGACAUAGAUUCGCCAGAACUACUGGCUAGAGUCAACAUAAAUGUCCCUCCUAGAGUGUUCCGUAACUACAGACUAAUAAGAACUGACCUUACAAGACGUGCAUACAGCGAGAACGACCCAAUGACUGCGAUGGCCCCACACCAUGCUGAAGUGGGUCGUUACACGUGGACAACAAACUAUGUGCAAUGAAUGGAAAACACAUAAGGAUAAUCUUUGGAUAUGGAGGAAUGAAAGCCUUCUUAUACAUCAGCAACUGGAUGUCGAAAACAACAAUCAUAUUUCAUCAAUUGGAACGAAAGAAGGCUACCAUGAAACAAAUAUACCGAACAAUAACAUCGAAUUGCAACGGCCUGAAAACGCAACGAGUACACUAAAAUCAACCACGUCUUCUGAUGCUCUAUCCAAUACAAUUCCCACCGAUACUGCGUCUUCGUUUCGAUUCAUAUUGGUAGAAAAUCAUUCUUCGCCUAUGAAACUUCUGAAACAUUCAAACGAUGACUGUGUAUCAUGCUGUACAUCUCCUAGGCGUAAUCAUAACUACCGCCAAACAGCAGGUCAGCGACAACGCCAUCGUCUAUCCAGUUUCAACAUACGUGAACCGUCAGAAUUAGCAUCACCCAGCUACCGGCAAGCAGACGAUCCUGCGAAUGAUUUAUCAGUGAACCUUCUUUUAACACCAUCUUUUCACUAUUUGACGACUGUCAACGUGCCAACGACUCAACGGAGAGAAGUUGUGGGUGUGUACGCUACAGUUACUGAGCACUACAACGAACGUGAAAUAAAAACACCUGAGGUAGACGGUACAACAGUACUGAACCAUAAGUCUAGACAUUUAGUAAGACGAAGAGCGCUGCGUCGAAAACGAACUACUAGAUUUUGAAUAAAAGACGUUUGACGUAAAAAGCAA